AUGAAGCCAAUGCCACAGAAGAAGUUCAUCCCUAUCGUGAAGAAAGUCCCAAUCAAAUACCCAGUGAAAGUACCCGUCUACAUUGACCGAAAAGUCGCCGUGAAAGUACCAGUCUACAUCGACAGACAAGUCCAGGUCCCAGUCUACAUUAACCGUGAGGUGCAGGUGCCAUUCCCCGUCUCUGUUGGCGGUGGUUAUCACGGUGGUGUUGGCGGUGGUGUCGGCGGUGGUGUUGGUGGAGGUAUCGGCGGUGGUAUCGGCGGUGGUGUCGGUGGUGCCGGCGGAAUCGACGACGCUGACCACGUUAACCUGAACGUCAACACCGGAGUUGGCGUUGGCAGCCGUGGAUUCGGAUUCGACAACAACGGAUUUGACAACAACAACGGAUUUGACAACAACAACGGAUUCAAUAACAACGACGGAUUUAACAACAACAGAUUCAACAACUGA